GGACACUUCAAUGAAUAUAGCUUCGAGGAUUCGACGAAGUUUCUUCAGAGAGGAGAAGGAGAAGAAGAAACUUCCCAGUGUAAAUGGAUCAUCAUCGAGCGGGAAGAACGAAGAUGAUUUGCUUGGAGUGACUGAUGAAUUGAUCGAUCACGUCAGAUCCUUCACCAUAGACACUUUUAAGAACUUCUCUCUCUACGACGAAGAAGCGUGUGUAAAUCCUUUGGAAGAUGAAGAAGAUGAUGGAGUGAGCUCCUCCGAGAAUGUGAAGAAGGAUUUGUCUGAUUGGCAGGAGAGACACGCUGUUCUAGUCUUGUCCAAAUCCAAGGAACUCUCACAGUUGAGAUUUAAGCUAUGCCCACGUCUCUUAAAGGAAGAUCACUUUUGGAAGAUAUACUUCAAACUUGUCAGGAACCUUGUUGCAAAAUAUGAGUUGCAAGCAAUUCAACAGGCGAGAAUCACAAGGAUGGCCAUGGAAGCUUCUCAAACCAAAGGUGUUUAUGAAGUUGAAAUGUCUGAAACCAGGCCAAGGUUUAGUAGUACUGGACCUGCAAUUCCAUGAAAGCUUAGUAGUUGCUUAGGACAGGUGUUGUAACUUUUGCAGACUAGUAAACUCAUGUUGUAAUCUAAGGCUGCAAAAUUAUUCUAAACAUGUUUUUUCUUGCCAUGACUUGCUUUCCGACAGUUUUGCUUCACACUAUUGGAUAUAAGAAGGAUUCAAUAACC